AUGCUCUUGUGCAGCGAGCUGCUGGCGAUACUGUAUUGUAAGCAACGCGCUGCUAUUGAGCGUGAUUACGGUCAAGCGCUUCAAAAGCUGGCCAGUGGUUUUCUGUCCAAGAAAGAACUAGCAUGUGCUUUGUCCACCGAUGAAGAAUAUACCAAUGGGUAUAGCAUUUGGCGGGUCUGGCGCACGCUCCUCGAGGAGUCUAACAAUUUGGCGCUUUCCCGCAUUCGAGCUGGGGAUGCACAACAGCGACUGCACAAUGAACUGAAACCGUUGAAACUCCAACGAAUAUCUGUCAGCAAGAGAGUAUUCGAACAGCUUCGAAUUCUUCAGGGAGAUUUGGCGGCUUGUGUUCAGGAGAUGGCAAAAUCACACAAGGUGUACGCUGAAGAAGAAAAGCAGGCACAGGAGACGCGGAUGAAGGCGAUGGCUACAGAGGAGAAAAUUCGACGGCGUUCAAGCAAUUUGUUCCACUCAAUGGCACAACUUCAUCGAAACUAUGAAAAGUUAUUAAUCCGACGUCAAGUGUACGACUCCCGUUCUGCCACAGCCCGUAAUGAAUAUUUGUUCCAAUUAGCGGCGAUUAAUGCUCAUUUGAAGCACUAUUUCAACAAGGAUUUGCCCACUUUAGCAAAAAUGAAGGAAUUUCGCUGUUUAGAACGUCCGCCAGAUUUCGCUAAUACCGUUAUAUCAAUUCCAGAAUCGUUAUCCGACUAG